AUGAAAGAGAUAUGCACUGGGCCCUUUACGAGGGCAUUUGCAGCAGAACUCCUGGGUACAUUGAUAUUUGUCUUUUUUGGGCUUGGCUCUACUAUGGAGUGGCCUACAUCACUCCCAACCAUCCUACAGAUCUCUGUUACUUUUGGCUUGGGUAUAGGCACUCUUGUGCAGGCACUGGGGCACAUUAGUGGUGCUCAUCUAAAUCCAGCUGUGACUGUUGCAUUCCUGGUGUCAUCUCAGAUCUCCGUAUUCCGAGCCAUUAGUUACAUCUGUGCUCAGCUGUUAGGUGCUGUGGCUGGAGCUGCCUUGCUUUAUGAAUUCACACCAGAAAAUGUUCAUGGUAGUUUUGGAGUUAAUGAGCCGAGUAAUAACACUACUGAAGGACAGGCCGUCACUGUAGAAAUCAUGCUGACACUCCAGCUUAUUCUCUGCAUUUUUGCCUCGACUGACACUCGUAGAAAUGACAUUGUGGGAUCCCCGUCCAUCUCUAUUGCAUUCUCUGUUGUUCUGGGGCACUUGGUCGGGAUCUACUUUACUGGCUGCUCUAUGAACCCAGCUCGAUCCUUUGGCCCAGCAAUGAUUGUUGGAAACUUUUGCGACCAUUGGAUCUUCUGGAUUGGACCUUUAGUAGGUAGCAUCUUAGCAUCACUGAUCUACAACUACAUCCUGUGCCCCCAUCAAGAGAGCUUCAGGGAGAAACUAGAUAUCCUUCUAGGAAGAAUGCCAAACGAGGAAGAAGAAGAAUGGGAAGAAAGACAAGAACAGCCAAGGAGGAAGUCCAUGGAGCUACAAACUUUGUAA